AUGGACUUCGCUUCCUUGAUGAAGUCGCAGAUCUCUGCUUCCAAGCCUGCCAGCAAAGCAGAUGAAGGUGGAAAGAAAUAUCUCAAGCGGAGUGAAGUCGAGGCCCAGCGUGAAGCAGACUAUCUCCGCGAGCAGGAGGAAUCGGAGAAGGCACGGGUGGAGCGCGUAGAGAAGAAACGGAAACGAGACGAGGAGGAAGCGGAGAGGAACCGAGAGCGGGAGCAGAAGAAGCGACGGCUAGCAGAGGAGAGCAAGAAGCGGGCGGAGGAUGAAGCGGAGGCUGAGGAAGCGGCACGGAGGCAGCGAUUAGGUCUUCCCCCGCUGGUGAAAGAGGACAAAGAGGGGAUACCGCUGAAGGAGGGUGAAGAGGACAUCGAUGAAGAAGAGCUGCUUUCCAAACUGCGCGAGCUCGAUGAGCCCGGCCGCCUCUUCGGAGAGACACAUGCACAACGACUUCGCCGCUACCGCAAACUCCAGGCCCUUGCCCUCGCGCCCAAACUCAGUGAUGGACCCAUUCCAACCACCAUAGAGUUGGUGCCUGGAAAGGACAUGCGGGUACCAGACACAGUUCCCACAGACGAAGCAGGCAAAGCCCUCCUGCUCCGCCAAAUCGCCUCCUACUUCAACAUGCUCCUCACCGAAUGGGCCCUCGCCCUCUCCCGGCGGCCUGCAGAAGUCAAAACUUCCGCCACUGGCAAGCAAGCUUAUCAAAAUUACACACUCGCCGUCUCCAACCUUACACCACUAUUCCGGCAGAUCGAAUCGAGCUCAGUGAAACCAUCGCUACUACCGCCAAUCCACGAGAUCGUACAUCUAGCGCAGAUGAAGCAGUACGUAAACGCGAACGAUGCGUACUUGCGGCUCAGUAUCGGGAAGGCGGCGUGGCCGAUUGGAGUCACGAUGGUGGGUAUCCACGAGCGUUCGGCAAGAGAGAAGUUGCAUGAGAGUGAGAAGGGAGGAGGCAAGGAGGCACAUAUUCUGGCAGACGAGGUUACGAGGAAGAUGGUGCAGGAUGGCAUCCCAUCAGCAGACUCGCAAGCCACCGCAUCCGCCGACGCGGCUGCAUAUCUUUUCAUCCUGGCCCCCAUUCGUCUGAUCGUUCAAACGCCUGCCCAAGCUGGCAUCGCGGAUUUUCAGCCAACAGAACAACCACGGCUGCGCCCGAUUCUAGGACAUGCGCCUCAUCCCCUAUUGGCCCGUUAA